UCGUGAAUUUGUUCGAAGUUAUCAAUUGAAUACGAAACUUAACACUCUUUUAGUAAAUUAAUUUAAUUUCAAAUAAUAUGGACUAUAAAGAAGAACAACGCAAUGAGAUCGAGGCUUUGGAAUCGAUCUAUUGCGGAGAAUUGGAAAUUUUAGCUGUAGAACCGUUUUACACGUUUGCCAUACCUAUUAAAACGGAAGAAUAUGAGCCAGAAACUGGAAAUGGGCUGAGUUGUCGAUUAGAAUUUACAUAUACUGCAAACUAUCCAGAUGAACCACUCCUUGUAGCUAUAGAAGAACAAGAGAAUUUUGAAGAGGAAAGCGAUGAACGACUAAAGGACCAUUUAAUAGAAGAAAUGAAUGAAAAUCUUGGAAUGGUUAUGGUAUUCACGUUAGUUAGUGCUGCACAGGAAUGGCUUAAUUGUCAGUGGGAUAAAAUCAAAUUAAAUAGGGAAGAAUCUGCAGCAAAGAAACUUAAAGAAGAAGAAGAAGCAGAAAGGAAAAAGUUUGAGGGAACUCGAGUUACCGUGGAAACAUUUUUAAGUUGGAAAGAAAAGUUUGAUGAAGAAAUGGGAUAUACUAAACGUAGAGAAAUGGCUGAACGCGAAGGAAAAAAAUUAACUGGCAGAGAAUUAUUUAUGACUGAUAAAACAUUGGAUCAGUCUGAUCUAAAAUUCUUAAAUGAUGGCGAUGCAGUUAAGGUAGAUGAAAGUCUUUUCCAAAGCCUCGAUGACCUCGACUUGAUGUAUGAUGAUAAUGAUUCUGACUUUGACAUAAAUAAUUAUAACAGUGCCUAAAGUGAAUAUAAUAUAUUGUUAGUGGAAGAGAUUGAACUUAGAAAAUCCAAAGAGUGUGCAGAUGGUAAGAUGCUUCAAUAUUGAAAUUUUAGAGCUCAGGAUCAAGUUUGAUAUACUUUUUGUAUACUUGCAUAUUGGAGGCCCAAAUAAAAUUAAUCAAGUAAUUUUAGCCAUAUAAAAACACUGUAUCCAUAGCCAUAAUGCAUCUCUUCCAUGCACAAUAUAUUCUAUGCUAUUGAAUAAGGGUUAAUCCCAACACUUAAAUAAAAAGUUAGUACUUGAAAGUCUAGUUUAAGUACUAACAUAGACAGGGGGAUUGAUGUUUGAAGCAAAUAUGCCACUACAAAAUGAAUUUAUCAGAAUUCAUUGGUGCUAUUUGCAUUUCAUACUGUGGCUGAGACAUGUUGAUAUCUGUUAUGUAGAUAAAUUUUAUGCAUGCAAAUGUAAA